CUUGAAAUGGAGAGAUAAAGCCUCUGCGCGGUCGAUAAGGAAUGCCCAAAGUUUCGUCCACUAAUUGCGGUCUACAUUUCGUGGCCCCAACUUUCUCCCAUUUUCGUACCCGUCUGACUGCACCUGGUGCAACUUGACUGGAGAGCCGAAGAGGUCCCACAAGGCAUCGUCGGGCGGGGUCCACCUCUGAUACGGGGUUGAUGAACGGGUUUGUGAGUAUUUUUGACAAAAGCUGUUUCGUACUCCACGUCUGUAAACCACCGUCGCACAGCACCGAAUAAUGCGCCACGUUUCAAAUGUGGGAUCCACUUCGUUGACUUGUGGACCGACGACUUCUUUGUUGCCGCGCACCCCCGCCCCCCUCUUCUCUGUGUCUCCGGCGGAGCUCAGGCGAUGCGGAUCACACCGUUCUCCGCACAUCAUCCUCCGUGAAAUCGCACGUAAGCUCUACCCUCGAUGACUCCCUACCGGCGGAUGCUUUCCGAUAAGGACCAUUCGAAUUAUGACAAGGAGGGCCGCGCCACUCCUCCUCCCUCUCCUCCUCCUUCUCCCUCUGCACCUCCUCUGCACGUCGACAAUCAUCAUGGCCGCCACCUAGUCAGUUUCCUUUUAAUCCCCGCCGCCAUCGCAACUGCCGCCUUACUCCUCUCCCUUACCUACUACGCCGUCCUCCGUCGCCGCCGCCGCCCCGUCCGCUCCGCUUCCUUUGUUGACCCGAAUCCCGAUGGAAACGACGAUGACACGCCCCUUGACGACGGGGAGCCGUUCCACCACGUGUGGUACAUCCGGACCGUCGGCCUUGACGAGGCCACCAUCGGAUCCAUCGCCGUGGCGGAGUAUCGGGCCGGCGACGGCCUCCUCGACGGCUCCUCCAAUUGUUCCGUGUGCCUCGGCGAGUUUCGCGACGGGGAGCUUGUCCGUCUACUCCCUAAAUGCGGGCACGCGUUCCAUGUUCCCUGCAUCGACACUUGGCUUGGCGCCCACGUCAAUUGCCCCAUUUGCCGGGCUCACAUCGUGGACCCUAACGGCGAACUCUCGCCCCCCGCCAACGCCCCCGCCGCUGGCCCCGCCCCUUCUGUCACUGCCUCCGCUGGUUCAGUGGACUUCGAUUCUGUCUUCUCUGCUCCUGCGGAGGACCCACAUAUAGGAAUUCAACCGCCGGAGGAGCAGCAGAACGGAGAAACAUCGGAGAGCAUGAUCGCAAUUGGGAUUCCGAUCAACACAUCGGAAGCGUUCCAUCCGACGCCUGGGAGUUCUGCGUCACUAGCGCAAGACGAUAAGCGGGAUUUCGGAUUGCAUCAGGUUCGGCGAUCAGUUUCGAUGGACACUCCACUGAUGAAUUCUAUCAUUGUGAGAGUCAAGCCAGAAGAAAGCAUGAUUGAUGAGGAAGGGAAAGAUGAGACCUCUGAGGAAGACACUGUCCAAAACAAUGGGGUAAAGCAGGGAAGUUCCUCCAAAGGGAUCGUUGUUCGGAAGGAACAUUCAGAUAUAGAAAGAUCGUUAUCAAGCAGUGGAAGGGGGUUCUUCUUCUCUAGACAUGGGGUUGCCAGAAUCCAUAGCAUGCCUAUGUAAUAUGAGCUCUGUUUUGGUUUGAGUCGCGAUAUCUGCGGAUUUUGAACAGGAUGUGUAGUCUCAGGAAAGUCUGGAGCUGCAUAUUUCUGUUUAGAUAAUCAUGAAUUACGAGGGAGUUUCAAAAAGGGUGCUUUCCUUGAAGGAUUUGGUUUGCAGUAAUCGAAAUAAGUGCAUCUUUGCUAUCAAAUCAGUUGGAUGCAUGAAUUAUCACUUCUUUGUUUCUCGGAUUAAUCUAUAUCCUAUUUGAUCA